UCAUAUAAAUAUUAUAUCCCUGUGCACAGCCGUGUUUGUACAGAACAUAGACUGAGUAACCAGUGGAGCAAUCUCUAUGAUUCGAGUAUUAACAUUAGAACAUUUACAGUACAACAAGUGGAACAUAUUUUUUCAUUUGUCAAUACUUUCAAGCCUUACCUUAAUUUCACGAAUGUAGAAGCUAUCCAUGAAAUUGAAGACAAUAUAUUUUUCUUUUGGACUGGAAGGACUAAACAAGAUUUUUUCACCCUUAUUAAUGAAGUUCCUCGCAUACAAGGAAUACACAAUGGUCUUUUAGGAUUAGCUGCAUUAUUAAUUAAAAUGAGGACCGGUGAAUCAGAUGUUCGCUUGGCUACAUUAUUAGAUGUGCUGCGUAGUACAUUAGAGCGGCUAAUGAAUAAAAGCAGGGAAAUCCUGGUUCAAGAUUUUGUACCUGUGCACCUGGGUAUUAGUCACAUAUCGAGAGAAGGUCUAAUGGAGCAUAAUCUAACAAUACCAAAUGGUAUAUACAAUGAAAACUUUACAAAUGCUAUAAUUAUUUGUGACGGUACAUACAUAAAUAUAAAUAAAAGCUCGAAUUACUCCUUCCAAAAGGAUACAUAUUCCUUACACAAAUAUAAAAAUCUUUUGAAGCCAUUUUUAUUUGUGGCAUGUGAUGGUUACAUUUUUGAUUGUUUCGGUCCAUACAAGGCUACCACAUCCGAUGCCGACAUAAUGAUUUCCCUCUUUGAUUAUGAGAAAGCUCCUCUUAGAUUAUAUUUUCAAGAAAAUGAUGUGUUCAUAUUGGAUAGGGGAUUCCGUGAUUCCAUAAGAAUGUUGGAAGGUUGCAAUUAUCGGCCAUAUAUGCCUGAAUCUCUGUUAGAAGGCGAACACCAACUAACAACACAGCAGGCCAACCGGAGCCGCUGUGUAACAAUAUGUCGUUGGGUAGUUGAGGCAGUAAAUGGACAUUUUAAAAGGGAUUUCAAGCUCCUGAGGCAAGACUAUUUUAAUAAAUCAGUCCCGAACAUGAUGCAGAAUUUUCAAAUAGCUGCCAGUUUACUAAAUAGAUUUGGUGUUCGCUUUCUAGAUAGAAAUGAAGCAAAUGAAAUAGUUACAAUAAUUAGAGAGAGAAUUAAUUUUGAAAAUAAUUUAGCUCUAUUAGUUGAUGAACUAAACAUGAAUAGAAGAUCAACUGCUUUUCAAAGUAUUACUGCUGACAGAGAUAAUUUAUUUUUAUUUCCUAGAUUAAGUUACAAUGAAUUAAUAUUAUUUGCUCUAGGUACUUAUCAAAUAAGACAGGCAAGGUCGUACUAUGGAGAACAUAUAAGAUUUCACGGAUCAUAUCGAAUAGAAGUAUGUAGGGAUACACAAGACUUUUCUGGGUAUAAUCUUAGAGGAAGUGGUGAUAAAACACUAAUAAGAGGAAAAAUCAAGUCCAGGCACAUUACAAGAAAACAAUAUUAUGUUUAUAUUUUAGUAGAAAAUAAUGUGCCUGGCAGAAAUGGAAUCAUUGAAUAUUGUUGUAAUUGUUUGGUUGGUCGACGUACCAUCGGGUGUUGCGCUCACGUGAUGACAGUGGUGUGGUACCUUGGGUGGGCUAGGUAUGAAGACAAUAUAUCUGCUCCAGCAGAAUUUCUAGAUGAGGUAGUGGUAAGGGAUUUGGAUGAAAAUGAUGAAGAAUAUUAAUAAACUAUUCCACUGUAACAGAGUGUUUUAUUUACUUUUCCCAUUUCAUUCAAUAAGUAUCUUGGUUGUUAAAUAAGUGAUCAUUAUUGGCAGCAUGAAUUGAGUUAAAGUAAUUAAA